GAGGUGAAGAAGGAGACCAAGGCUUCCAAGAAGGCCGAGUCCUCUUCUGAGUCCGAGUCCGAGUCUGAGGGCUCUAACAGCGACGAGGAGAUGGGAGAUGCCGCCUCGUCUAGCGACAGCGACAGCGAGAGCGAGGAGGAGAAGCCCGCCAAGAAGGAGGUGAAGAAGGAGACCAAGGCUUCCAAGGCCGCCGAGUCUUCGGACUCUGAGUCCGAGUCCGAGAGCGAGGACGAGGCUCCUGCUAAGGCCAAGGAGACCAAGGAGGAAUCCUCUGACGAGUCUGCCGACUCUGACGACUCCAAGUCCGACUCCGAUGACUCUGACGACUCUGAGUCUGAGGAGGCUUCGAGCGAGGAAUCCGCCAAGGAGUCCUCCAAGAAGCGCAAGGCUGAUGACGAGGCCGCUCCUACCCCCAAGAAGUCCAAGACUGAGGAGCAGACUGGCAACGAGUCCACCAACCUCUUUGUUGGCAACCUUUCCUGGAACGUCGAUGAGGAAUGGCUGAGCCGUGAGUUCCAGGACUUCGGUGAGCUGUCUGGCGUUCGUAUUGUGACUGAGCGUGACACUGGCCGCUCUCGCGGCUUCGGUUAUGUCGAGUUCGUCAACGCCGCCGAUGCCGCCAAGGCCUUCGCCGCCAAGAAGGACACUGAGCUUGAUGGCCGCAAGAUCAACCUCGACUACGCCAGCUCUCGCCAGUCUGGCGGCAACAACCAGGGAGAGCGCACCCAGGCUCGUGCUCGCUCCUUCGGCGACCAGACCAGCCCGGAGAGCGACACCCUGUUCAUCGGCAACAUCGCCUUCGGCGCCAACGAGGAAUCGGUCCGUGACCUUUUCGCUGAGCACGGCGACAUCCAGGGCAUCCGCCUGCCCACCGACCCCGAGACUGGCCGCCCCAAGGGUUUCGGCUACGUCCAGUUCGGCUCGGUCGACGAGGCCCGCUCCGCGCUGAACGCGCUCAACGGCAGCGACCUGGGCGGCCGCCCGGUCCGUCUGGACUUCAGCACCCCCCGGGCCAACAACGGCGGCGACCGCGGUGCUCCUCGUGGCGGCGGUUUCCGUGGCGGUCGCGGUGGUGGUCGUGGAGCUCCCCGUGGCGGUCCCCGUGGUGGUGGCCGUGGCGGUGGCCGUGGAGGCAGCUUCAACAAGGGCCGUGGCAGCAUCCCCGAGUACCAGGGAAGGAAGGUCACCUUCUAAGCGUUUCGUUGCAGCGCUGUGUAUCUACUAACUAGUGUAAUCCUGUUUGUUCUGUUUACUAUACUCGGGGGACCUUCUAAAAAGUUGUUUGCUUUGCACGGCGUACCUCAAAACUCUAGUGUUCUUUCAUAUCAUGAUAUUUAUUUGUACUUCAUUUGAUCUCAUUCCAAAACCUGAUCUAUAGGCCAACCCAUGGUUCUUUGCUUUUUACUGCCACGCACUCCACCCCCGCAUUUCUUCCUCGUUCUGCCUCGCUUCGUAGAGACUAAUUGGUAAGUGUGACUCUAGCGAUCUGUUAUUAUUCCAUCCGCAGACCCCUCAUCCUUGUUCUGCAGAAACUAUUCUCAGCCACAAAGACGCCCAAGUCGUGUCCGGUUAUUCUGGUGCCUAUACGCGCUGACGGAGUAAGAGCGUGGCCGUCGCCUUAUCUCGCGU